AUGAAGGCGAUCCACAUCGAGAAGUUCGUUUCUAAUGUCGCAGACCUACAACCAUCUACCCUCCUACCCUCAACACCCAAAUCACACCGAGAUGUCCAUAUAAAAAUCAGCCACGCCGCGGUAACACAUGUCGACCUCCUCUAUGCACAGGGUCUGCAUCAAAACAACCGCAGACAUGUCCAACCACCCUUCACCCUAGGCACAGAGUUCUCGGGCGUCGUGACCCAUAGCCCAGAAGAUUGUUCAUUCAAACCCGGCGAUCGUGUCUUUGGCGGAGGUCUAGGCGCCUAUGCGGAACAGAUAUGUGUCCCUGAAGAUGCCGUUCGUCGUGUCCCAUCUCAGUGGACGAAUGCCGAAGCAUGUGCAGUAGGCGCAAGUGGUGCGGUCAGCUAUGGUGCUUUACUCUCCGUUGCGCAACUUCAAGCUGGAGAGACGGUACUUGUACUUGGUGCCAGUGGUGGACUAGGUGUCAUGGCUGUGCAGAUUGCAAAGGCUAUUGGUUGCAAGGUCAUUGCUGUCGUUGGCGGAUCUGAAAAAGCUGGGGUGGUUAAGGGGAUCGGUGCGGAUGUUAUUGUGGACUAUGGAGACGAGGGGUGGGAAAACAGGGUUAGGGAGGCGACUAACGGUGGAGAGGGGGUGGAUGUUGUGUAUGAUGGGAUUGGGGCUGUGGAGAGUGGGAUCAAGUGCCUGAAGUAUCGGGGACGAUUGGUUGUGGUAGGAUUCGCAGCCAGGAAUGGGAGCAUUGAAAAUGUAAGGACCAAUCGAAUUCUGCUCAAGGGGGUUGCAGUACUUGGUUAUCGGUUUUGA